AUGGGUAACGGAUCUGGUCAGCGGCCACUCUCUGAAGUGAGCCCCAUGGCCCAGAGGCGCAAUUCGCCUAGCUGGAAUCAAGUUACUAAGAUGCCACAUGGCGAAUCGCCUGCAUACGAUGUCUCGUCUCUGAAUAACAAUGCCUCACCACGCCUGUUUUGGAAAGGCCGCGACUCCCCAUCGCCGUUUUCUAAGGGAGCCGAGAAUAAAGCGCCAUAUGAUCCAGAGGGGUGGUAUUUCCCCGCAAAGCGCCCCUCGCUCGAAAAUUUGAAACGCGUGUCCAAGGUCAAAAAUCACAGCAUGUUCCUUGAAGGUAGCCAAGAGUACGACCCGGCUUCAGUCACUUUCCCUCAGAGACCUUUUGCCUCGCAGAGGACCUCGCAAAGGGAUAGCCAAUCGAAUGUUGCGCAGUCCCAAUUUGAUGAAGAAACCACCCCGACUUCUCGACCGUCGUCCCCCAGCAAAGACCAAGCAUCGCCAAGCAAGUCAUCGCUAUCCAAAGGUAGCCGGUACGGCAAGGGUUUUGACCCCCAGAAUGAUAUUUGGUCCGAGUAUGGCAGCACUGGACACCGGCACGCGAAGAGUGUCACAUUUGACCACGCCCCUCCUCAAAUCAAUGAAUAUGAAAUGACAACCCCGGAUCUUUCCUCAGUUGCGUCUGAGUCACGAGAGAAUAGCUACGAGUCUGAUGAAGAAGGUGACCUUAGCUUUGAGGCGGAGUCGUCCAUUGAGCGUGAUGAUAGCUUUGACGCCUCGCUGGAAGACAUCGAGAAGACUCCCGUUGUCUUGCCAGAAGACUGGCGCUUUAUGAGUCCCAGCACAAACAGUGAUGGGGAUCCCUUUAUCGAAGACGAAGAAGAGAGCACCGAGGACCGACCUAUCUCACGGGAAGGAGGAUCUUCUCAGCACACACGGGUCGAAUCGCUGGACUCGAAUGGGGAGCGACGUCCCCUUCCACCUUUGCCAUUUGUUAAUCGAAUUUCAGGUGCACGUCCAUCCUCAGCUGGUAAGCUGGCUGCGGCCUUCGAGCUCGGUAGCGCAGGCCAGCGCGUACUACCUGCACCUCCUGCUCCUGCCUCGUACACAAAGUCUGAUAUUCCUGGCGCCGUGUCCCUAGAGGAGAGACUCCGUCUCAUGAGGCUGCAUGAGAGGGACGAUGAUGAAACACACGAUCACCACGCGGAAAACAUUGAGGAGCCCCUGGAGCUUCCAAGAGCAGAUGAAAACGUCGCAUCAAAAGAUGAUACACGCACACACGAUGAGGCUAAAGAGAACUUCUUUUCUCCGCCUCGCAUUUCUCGAGACUCAAUCUUACGAGGAAUUCGUAAAGGUGACAAUUAUGAGGAUGACAGCUUCGAUGACUCUUCCCAAAUUGGUUCCAGCCCCCAACGUUAUGACCAUUAUGACCCUGAUGUUCCUAUUCCAUCGAUGGAAACCGAUGACGACGACUCUUCCAGUGUGAUAAUUAAGCAGGAAGAGCACGAUGAAGACCUCUACUCUAUCACGGAUUAUUAUCAGAACAUGUCAGACAAUAGCUUGUCGUCCCGCGACCAACGGGCCAAGUACGACGAGGACAGCAAUUACUCGCUACGCUCUGCUGCUGAAGCUACCGAGCGUGAGCACGCUGGACAUGGUAGCCACAAACAGGAAUCUGGACAGACUACCCCUAAUGCUGAAACCCAGGUCGACGCCGAAAAGCCUGCACAGCCAAACAAGGGUACCCAGGAACACAAACAGCCGAACACCCUUCAAGAUGAGUCAUUCGAUAUGGCGUCUAUCCGUCAGUCUCUUGCACGCCCUAUCACCCCUGAGAUGCAGCAUGACCAAGAUUCAGAGCCCUCAACUCCGGACUCCGUCAUUCGCCAUCCAAUCGAGGAGGAUGCUGGCGAAGGUGUAGAAGAAGAGGAAGAAGAAGAAGAAAGAGAGGAGGAACAAGACCUGGAGCCGGAGCAUGAUGAAAGCUCAUCCGACGAGUCUGUUCCCGAACCCAUCGCCACAAUUCGAGCUCCUGGUGCUGGUCUCAAGACCCGACCCUCACUGACCCCUGCGGAUAUGCAGUCCAUGGCUGCAACCCGCCGUCAGAUCAGUGGCCAACACGUCCCACCCGUCCCUUCAUUGACCAAGCAGAUCUCCAAUGACUCAAACGCGUCGGAUCGUGAACCUAACCAAACUGACUUGCCACCGAAAUUGGCUUUGCCCACGGAUCCCCAGCGACAAAGCAGUUGCUUAAAGCUGGACAUUCCCUUCAGUAUUCAGGAAGAAAGCCUCGGUUUUGGACUGGACAAAGAGUUCGAUCGCGUCAUUGAAUCCCAAAAGGUUGCGUUUCACCUAGCCCUUUCCCAAAGCCCUGGUUCCGUGCCGCCUUCCCAGGCAGGAAAUAGUGAACACCCCGCUGACUCUCCUACCCCCAAACAGAGAGGAUAUCUCAUGAGACAGAACACCAAAGUUAUUAUUGCCAGCAGCCGUAACGAAGAAGAAGCCAUGCCUGCUCCCGAGCCAACUGCCCAAGACACUCGCGGUACACGUUCUGCUGGGUCUUCUCCACGGAAACCCAGCCAGCAAACAUGGACCACAGUCCCUUGGAACGGUUCACCGCGCCGCCCAAGUCUCAAGCCUGCCACCGGUAUCCCGAAGAAAAAGCCCGUCCCUGGUGCAGGUGGAGUUCCACCUCUCCCUGGACAGCCAAGCAAUGUCCAGGAAGCCCCCGCGACCAUUGAAGAGAAUGAGCCAGCCAUCUCCGAGUCGUUCGAAGAUGGCGAAGAGCGAGGGCGUUUGUUUGUGAAGGUCGUAGGCCUCAAAUAUUGCGACCUUCCUCUCCCACGCGGCGAACGGUCAUACUUUGCACUGACUUUGGAUAACGGACUGCACUGUGUUACCACCUCUUGGCUGGAGAUGGGCAAGUCCGCUCCCAUUGGACAGGAGUUUGAGCUCAUUGUCCAGAAUGACCUUGAGUUCCAGUUGACCUUGCAGAUGAAGAUUGAUGAGAGCAAGUUCCAAACCCAAGAACCCGCAGCAUCCCCAUCACGUCAAAAGGCGUCGGCCCUCAGCCGUGUUUUUGCAUCUCCACGCCGGCGCAAGGAGCUUGACAUAAAGCAGCAAAUGCAGUCGCAGGAACAGAAGGCCAAGGACGUUAAUGCUCCUGUAUAUGAACGUCUUCGAAACUUGGUUGCGCGUGAUGGCAGCUUUGGCCGCGCAUAUGUGGCUUUGAGCGACCACGAGCAGCAGGCUUUUGGCCGUCCCCACAUUGUUGAUGUGGCUUGCUUCAAUGAAUGGGCAGUUGAGGAACAAAUGAGCAGCGUCAAGAGCAAGAAGAGUGCGACAAGCAUCAAUACCCAGCGUCGACCACCAUACAAAAUUGGAAAAUUAGAAGUCCAACUGCUCUUUGUGCCUAAGCCCAAAGGUAGCAAGGAUGAAGACAUGCCGAAGAGCAUGAAUGCCUGCAUUCGUGAAAUGCGUGAUGCGGAGAGCGUCGCAUCUCGCUCCUGGGAAGGGUUCCUUUCCCAACAGGGUGGAGAUUGUCCAUACUGGCGCCGUCGCUUUUUCAAGCUUCAGGGAUCCAAGUUAACGGCCUUCCACGAAACAACGCGCCAACCUCGCGCUACAAUCAACUUAGCCAAGGCGUCCAAGCUUAUUGACGAUCGAUCCUCUUUACUUCAGAAGGAGACUACCACAAAGGGUGGUUCUCGCCGUAAGUCUGCGUUCGCUGAGGAAGAAGAUGGUUACAUGUUUGUUGAGGAGGGAUUCCGCAUUCGCUUUGGUAAUGGUGAAGUGAUUGACUUCUAUGCGGAUAGCCCCGCAGAUAAAGAGGGCUGGCUUCGAGUCAUGUCUGAAGCUGUUGGAAAGGGAUCGACCUCCGGAAAUGGCGCACUCAAGCCCUGGGCUGAUCUUGUGCUCAAGCGUGAGCGGAGCAUGAAAUCCAGCAAUGACACUGCUCCUCGUCGUCCACCCAGUGGUAUUCCCACAGCACCUGCCAGGGUCCCUUCUCCUGUUCGGAACCGAAACAGUGCCCUGGUGGGACCACCUCCAUCUUCUGCGGGAUCUGGGGCGCCGGCGCCUCAAUCCCCACGUCCUCGACAUAAGCACACUUACUCUCAACCUGAGAUGGGUAGUAUUGAGGCUCGGCGUCAGAAGACCCGCUCUCUCAUGUUCUAG